AAUAACAACUACACACAAGUAGUUUUAUCGCAUUAUCUCCGUUAAUAGUUCACGGCGGAGAGGACGUGUGUCAAUUAUGACAUUUUUCUCAGUGAUAUUCGUUAACGUUACGAGUAUUUGCGAUUGAUACUUUCCCGACUGGAUGUCCUUGUUAACGAUUCUUCAAAUGAAAAUAUGUUUAGUCCUAUACAGAUAAAACAUGAAUGCACAGGUGUAGAGGAUGUAAAUGCGAGUAACAGAAUCAACACUUCAGACAAUUCUGCAUAUCCUAUUUUUAUCAAUCAAGAUGUUGAAUACAAGCACCGUCAUUUAUCUCAAUUUUGGGAACAAACGCAAUUAUCAAACCAGAUGCCUGCAAAAAAUGAAGUUCAUGACCAGCAGACUAUGUUUCAGGUAGAAGAAGGUGGAACCUUACCAUAUGCUAAGGACUAUGUACAAAGUGGUAUAUUCUUUCAAGUUAACCAAGAAAAUGGUAACAAUGAAAUACAGAUGAACAAUCAAUGCCAGCAGAGCACAAACAAUGUCAUCAUGGUACAAGAGAGCAGACAACCACAAUUGCAGCAAGAUUUGCAAAAUGUUAGAAGCAUUAAUCAGACAUCAACAGCACAAUCAGCUGUGAAAAAUAAUCGGCUUGGAAGACCAUCCAAGAGUUCCAUGGAAUCUGUUUCGGGAAAGAAAUUGAAAUGCCAAUGUGAGAUUUGCUUCAAGGAGUUUGGACAUAAGAGUAAUUUGUUCAUACACAUGAGAACUCAUAACGGUGAAAGGCCAUAUAAAUGUAGUCAAUGUGACAAGUGUUUUACACACAGUGGUAACUUGGCUAUUCACAUGAGAACACAUUCUGGUGAACGUCCAUACGGUUGUCAGAUAUGUGGAAAAAUGUUUAGUCACAGUGGUAAUCUCUCAACUCACUUAAGAACUCAUUCGGGUGUAAAGCCCUACAAAUGUAACGUGUGUGGUAAAGAGUUUAGGCACAGUGGCAAUUUGUCAAUACAUGAGAGGAUACAUUCCGGUAUCAAGCCGUUCCAAUGUAAAAUCUGUAGCAAGGAGUUCUAUCACAGUGGAAAUUUAACAACCCAUAUGAAGAAACAUCCUGCAACUGCAAAUACAAAUACGACCGACUGUGAAAAUGAGCAAAAGCGUACAUUGCAUACCAGUACAGAUGUUAAUGAUACCGCAUCUACAAAUUAUUUAAAUAAUAUGCCGUUGACGCUCAACGACAACAUUAAAUCUAUGCAUAAUACUAAUAAUGUGGUUCCUAUAAAAAAUGAAAGUACAGAUGAUUCUGUGUUGAGUACCAUAGGAUUAUUGACAUCUACUUCCAGUUGAAGCAGAUAAGGUCAUUAUUAGAUAUUAAGAGAUUAAUAAGAGAAUAUACUGAAUCUAGUGUUUCUCUGCUCAGUAUUGUAUCCGCUAACGAGCAAUUUUUAUUACUGGCAGAUAAAAAGUUAUUUUUCUUUCUAUAUCAUUUGGCAACAGUAUACUUUCAGUCAUUUCAUUUUGAG